AUGUCUACGACGCCCCCUCCCAAGAAGACCUUCCGCUCUCGUGUCGGAACGGUAAUGCGUCGCUCCUCUACGAGCUGGGGUCUCCCAGGUUUGCCCAAUCGCCCAGGCUCAACAACUCCCCCUCUCCCAGAGCCUGAUUCUGCCUCCAUAGCGGGGUCAACCUCUCCAAAGCUCGAGCGUGAGGGCUCCACCACGUCCCUUACGCAGGUCGAAACUACACGGUCGACUCCUCCUCCCCCCGGUACCAUUCCUGAGUCACCUGCUCGUGAAGAAGCUGCCCUUGCUAGUGAGAUGUCUCCUCAGCAGAUUUCAUCGCCACUCUCAGGGGGCUCUGUUACCGCCGAACCUGCUCCAGAUCCUUCUAUUCAAGCGCCUGAAGAAUCACGUAAAGCUGCUGAAGCGCCCAAACCCGAGUCCGACUUCGUAAUUCCCUCCGUCGUGGUCAACUCGCCCGAGCAAGCAAAGGAGAAUGCUCUUUCCCCCGUGUUCACAGACGAACCAGAGGAGAUGUCUCCUGGCCCACCCGCAGAGCGCGCUCAAGUAUCUGCUCCUCCGGCCUCAACAAAGGCUCCUGAUGCUGCCCCAACGCCUACUCCAGUCCCUUCUACGACACCUCCACCUGCCCCAGCCCGUGAACCUACACCACCAUCUGCUCCAGCCCGUGAACCUACACCACCAUCUGCUCCAGCCCGUGCACCUACACCACCAUCUGCUCCAGCCCGUGAACCUACACCACCAUCUGCUCCAGCCCGUGAACCCACGCCUCCAUCUGCCCCAGCUCGUAAACCCACACCUCCAGUUUUAGCUGCUACACCUCCUCCAGCAGGAAAGGCAGCAGAUGAUCCUUCGACAGCACCUGCGCCUGCUGCGGCAUCGGCACCACCUCGUACACGAGCUUCAACGCCUCCAGCACAUCCAUCGGAGGUUUCUCGUGUUCCACCCUCUGCACCACCGACUCCCCCUGCACGGACACCUGGCCCUGCCACAGCUACAGGUUACUUUGACCUUUCAGUUCCCCGCACAUCGUCUCCGCUGGAUGAGCAUGUAGAGGAGGGAGCAAACGUCUGGGCAGACCAUAUCUCCACUUCGCCUCCGCCUGCACCGCCUGCCCCUGCCCCUGCCCCUGCUCCUGCUCCCGAAUUCGACCCACUUGCUAAUCGCCCCGCAGCACCCAAAGUCGCGAAAACCACUUCCCGUGCUCGAGGUUCAUCCGUAUCCUCUGCGCAGGUGAUGGCACAGCGACAACCGAGCCGGAAGCCAAGCUCGACCCUCCAGCCCCGCGAGCGGGAGAUCGUUGGUACCACAUACACCUGGAGUAAUCCAAGCAGUGAAUUCAACCAAAGCAAGGCGAGCCUGAUAAUGCCUUCGGAGGAUCCGUUCGCAGAUCAAGGCCCGCGUGCUCCGGGCCAUCAUAUCUAUCCCCCUCAACAGUCUACUGAAAUCUCGUCGCCCAUUGUUCAUGAUAAUGGUCGUGUUAGUCAUUUCGACCCUCGAUCACCACGAGAUGAUAGCAUGGUAGCUCCUGCUGAACCAGUGGCGGUACCACUGCCUGCCCUGCAUGAAGUCAUGCUUACCCACUCCGUUCGGCAAGUCUCUUCAGGCUACACCUCGAGCGACGGGGCCAGUACCGGGUACUUCCAGAGCAGAGACAUACCCAUAGAAACGAAGUUUGUCCAGAUCGGUAUUUGCAUAAGCGAGCGCCAGCCCUUGAUCACUCGCCCAGGUCGCCCGACUACGCCUCCCAUCGUGACCACGUUCUCACCACCUAGCCCAUCAACACAAUCUUAUCAUUCACAUACCUUCGAUGUCAGCCAUCCCACUCCACAGCGGGCCCAGCCUGCUCGCCUCGAAGGCAAUGGCUCCGCACAUACUUAUUCGUAUGGGUCGGUGUCCAGACCAUAUGCUGGCCGUGGAUGGAUAGAGCAGGCGCUACCUCACGGUGCCAAAUACUUCGUGAAUCCGCGUAUUCAAGCUACGACCGAUGUUGACCUUCGCAACUUGUCUAAGCUGGAUGCGGUUAUGUCGGUUGUGGAAACGGCCGGUAGCGCCCCUGAGGGAUGUGAGAUGUGGGCCAGAGAUGGCCCCGUCGUGAAGAGAGGUUGGAGGAGACAGAAGAUGGCUGGAGGGCCAGUUAUCAGUUGGGUAGACCAUCGGAUCCGCAGAGUCUCAAGCCAAAUCCCUAGUGUCGAUGGAAUUAUCUUCUCUGGGGAAGAUGACAGACUUGAUGACGAGUACAGAUACUGGUCAUUUGUAGAGACUCACCCCGCGCAUAUUUCAUUGCCGCCAAGUGCUCGGCAGGAAGCUUUGGACGCUCUUCAUUGGUCUUAUACAGACCCAUUAUUGGCACAUCCUCAGCCGAUCCCUCCUCCCUUCACCCAGGACGAGUGUCAUAAGUUGUUAGGACAUCUUAAUGACCCCAACCUGCGGUCAACUACCACGCAUACACGAAUGAUUGCCCGUAUCUUGCUUCGCGUCGCCCACUGGCGUCAAACGAACUUCCGACCACACAAGCCUCUUCCUCGCGAUGUCCCUAUCAUGCAGCGUCCCAAACGACGCGUGCCCAUAGGUCGCAUGAUUGCCGAUAUCCUUACUGGCAUUCUCUGCCUGGGUAUUCCAUUCUUCCUCGUUGACCGGUCAAAUUAUGGCGGUCAUGUUGACUUGGAGGGCAACAUCGUGUCUAAUUCUGGUGGUCCUUUAUUCCUUGCUGGUGCUUGCGCAUGCCUGGUGGCCGCUGUCAUCCUCAGCGCUUCUGUGACACUCAUGACAUUACCCGGUCUGAGUGGUGUCGCACGCAUGUCAGGUCUCGUCGCCAUCAUGUGCUCGGUAUUGAGUAUGAUCACCUCGUUCAUUUCCAUCAUACGCCACAAGGCGGAAAUGGCGCACGGGACGCCCACAUCGGGCUCCGAAGGAUUUGUACUUCUUACUGCUUUAUCACUGGCGUUGUUAUCUACUCAUUCAACGGAGUAG